GCCGCAAGGCCACCUUGAUUGACCUCACGGACUGGUCAUGUUAGCUUUGUACAGCCACAGUUCGCUCACUACUUUUCACCUGCUCUUCGUGCGUCUGAUUGAGCAAGUUUCUAUUGCCCACUUACCCGUUUGCCUCCGCUGACCCCUCCAACAGUACGCGGACAGUGACUCUUGACUGUGUGCUUACGCGCUUGUUUCGAGCAUAUAUUUCUAGAACCUAUUCCUGAUUCUACCUUCUCAUCAUCUCAAUCAAGUAAUUUCCAACUUCCCAACUUAACCUGAUAUUAUCUUUCCAGUGCGACCAACAGUCACCACACUUCCUAGCCUCAUCGACACGAAGUUCCACUUUUGUCUACAACCAACAUCACAAAAUCAAGAUGUACUUCUCGAAUAUACUCCCGGUAGUGUUCGCCGCUGCUGCCGUGGCCGCUCCUACUACUAUGAACGGCCGUGGCGAGGAAGGCUGCGUUCCCACCUCCUACACCAUCUCAGACUACAAGCUAGUCACUUCUCCGACCUCUGGAAGCGUUGAUUUUACGUUCAAGUCUGUCUUCCCCACCGGCAGCACCAUCGACGACCCAGUCCAGGCCGGCGCUCACUGCAGUGGCUCUGGAACCUCUGUACCCAACAGCAACGAGUGUCAGGUCGCUAACCGUCGUCUUCUAUUCGACCUUCGUGGACCUCAAGAUGAAGCCUACUACCAGAUCACCCAUUCCUGGACCUGCUCAGGCAACCAGUGGCUAUCCGGCAAUGCGAUCAAAGUCGACUCGCUUGAGUGUCACAACGAGGGCGACAAGCGCGUCUGCACUGGUGGACCCCAGACCUUCGCGCCUCAGAACGUGCGCAAGGUCUGUAACUUGCCUCAGUGCUGAUGGCUUCGGUAAGCUCCUUAUUGUCCCAAAGUUGAACCGUAGGUCCAUCCCCUGGAUAGGCGGUGUAUCAGCGGUGUGAAGGGUGUAAAUCGACUUUGUAUCUUCAUGGGCAUCAUUUGGUGUUAUUGUGAUUCUGGUUAUUUUUGAACUUCUUUUCUCUUCUCAAUCAAUGUGCAUAGCAUCAAAUGUAGAAAAUGAAAUAUAACACACAUUCAACUUCUUCA